AUUUUCUUAUUUAUCAAGCAAUUUAAAAAAUGUCAUCAAUUAAGGGUUUAAUUCAGCUGCGUAAUUUAAACUCGUUGUCGGCCAGCAUAACAAGGCCCCACAGACUGACCUAUACGAAGACUUACCAAACAGUUCUAGUUCAGCCUGAUGGAUCCACAAUUAAUAUAAGAUUUGAUGACCCCAGACAAAUACUUAAGAUGCCCUUAAAUAUAUGGACUUUAAGUGAAGCUGAAAGGAAAGAAAAAUUAGAGCAAAGAAAACCAAAGAAAAAGGUCGUAAUUGAUGAAGAUUAUGAAGAAAUUUCUUACGAUUCUAGCAAAUAUCUGAAAUAUUUAAAGAAAAAGUAAAUUUUA